GGUUCCCAGGUUGGAAGAUUAGCUCACCCGGCCCUAGCUAUAUAAGCUGAUCAGAGCAAGGGGGCUCCCCAGGGCCGACUCAACGUUUCAACCCCCAGGAGGAAAACAGACAGAGGAACUUUAGGUCAACAUGAUGGUUCUGAAAGUAGAAGAGCUGGUUACAGGGAAGAAGAAUGGCAGUGGGGACGCUGGGGAGUUCCUUCCUGAGGAUUUCAGAGAUGGAGAGUAUGAAGCUACUGUCACUUUAGAGAAGCAAGACGACCUGAAAACACUUCCAGCCCACUUUGUGAGCCUGCGGGAGCAACAGUGGAAAACUGAGAAACAGCGAGAGGCAGAGCUCAAGAAGAAAAAACUAGAACAAAGAUCAAAGCUUGAAAAUUUAGAAGACCUUGAAAUCAUCAUUCAACUGAAGAAAAGGAAAAAAUACAGGAAAACUAAAGUUCCAGUUGUGAAGGAACCUGAACCCGAAAUCAUCACAGAACCUGUGGAUGUGCCUAGUUUUCUGAAGGCUGCCCUGGAGAAUAAACUGCCAGUAGUAGAAAAAUUCUUGUCAGACAAGAACAAUCCAGAUGUCUGUGAUGAGUAUAAACGGACAGCUCUUCAUAGAGCAUGCUUAGAAGGACAUUUGGCAAUUGUGGAGAAGUUAAUAGAAGCUGGAGCCCAGAUUGAAUUCCGUGAUAUGCUUGAAUCCACAGCCAUUCACUGGGCAAGCCGCGGAGGAAACCUGGAUGUCUUAAAACUGUUGCUGAACAAAGGAGCAAAAAUCAGUGCGCGGGAUAAGUUGCUCAGCACGGCGCUGCACGUGGCGGUGAGGACCGGCCACUACGAGUGCGCAGAGCAUAUCAUCGCCUGCGAGGCGGAACUCAACGCCAAGGACCGAGAAGGAGAUACCCCCCUGCAUGACGCCGUGAGGCUGAACCGGUACAAGAUGAUCAGACUCCUGAUCAUGUAUGGCGCCGACCUCAACAUCAAGAACUGUGCUGGGAAGACCCCGAUAGAUCUGGUGCUACAGUGGCAGAAUGGAACCAAAGCAAUAUUUGACAGCCUCAAAGAGAACUCCUACAAAGCCUCUCGCAUAGAGACAUUCUGAGGAAAACGACGAUAGAAGCUUCCAUUGGCUGCUCUUCACCGCCCCAAAGAGCAACUCAUCAUGAAAACCAGCUUCUCUUUAUCAACUGUUGUAAAGCGGCACCUAAUUAUGUUUUGAGAAAGCACAGGGACGUAGGUAUUGACAUUUCCCUUAGUGAAACCCACUCUAUUUAUUUGUAUUUAUUACUGUUUAUUUAUUUAUUUACUGUGAUACCACCGACAUUCAGAUCCUUUGUGGUCACCCAUUUGGAGAACAAGCUUAGUUUCUAUGGGAUGCAUCAGAGCCUCUUCCCAUAGGUAGCCCUUAAACUGUGUUAACCAGAAGUGCUGUCAGUGCCGACUUACGUGUCACCUCGCUCAUGGAAGAUGUUUCAGGGUGUUUUUGAAAGACAAAGGGGAUUAUUGCAGCCUUCUUUUCUCCUGAAUUUUUCAUGCUGAAGUGUGAGGCCAUGGAAAGCCUGUAGCGACAGGAAAGGAAACAGAAUGAAAGUGAUUCUGUGAGGACUGUAAAGCCCGCCAUUCGACGCCUGGGCCUGGUCAUUCCUACUAGGUCGCACGCUGUACGUACCAAGGUAAAGAGAAUGUCUUGAGUGUAAGUGGAAGGAGCGGGCCGCUGGGCCGUGCAGAACUGAAUGAGUUCAAAAGAGAUGAAAGUAACUGCGAAUUGUAAAUGUGUAAAUGUAUAUUAUGCUGUAUGUAUAUUUUAUGUUCAUAAUAAAAGCAAAUCCUAACCCUC